UUUUUGGCGCACACAUGAGAAAUGUCAAUAUUGUCAAUGGAUGGAUGGAUUUAUUGACAAAUCAUUUCACUGUUGUGAACAGUUGUGAAUUGUUGAAAUAUUUUGUUUAGAUUAAGAAAAACAGUUACAGUGUUGUGAUUUUCAUUUAAUUCACAUUAGCUAACAAGCAAACUUCAUAAUGCCCGAGCAGAAACAAGAUGCCCCUUCUGAGGCUGUAGCCAGUGAGUUGCUGGACAAAAUCAUUGUCAAGCAAUUGCAUUUGAUGGAAGAAAAGAUGCGUUGCGAAUUGAACAUAGAAUCCAGUAUCAAGAAUGGCAGUAUACAUUUAGCGAAGUCUCGUUACAUUAUGGGCCAGAGUUCUGUAAGUACUGCAAGGCUUCCUACAGAGAGCAGCACAGAUUUCUCAGCUUCCACUGUAUGUGAGACUGUACAGGAAGAUGGUGUAGAACAGAUGAGAGUCGUGGAAAAUGAUGCAGAUAACAUGGUUAAUCCUAUCCGCUGGUUUGGUGUCUUAGUUCCACAGAAUAUGCAUAAAGCUCAAAGUAUAUUUCAGAAUACUAUUAAUUUUGUUGUUGAAUGUGUUAAUGUGCAAUUGCAGUUGCAAAGGAAUUCAAAACUAAUAGAGAUUUUGAAGCAGUAUAUUAAUUUUGAGAAGUUGACAUAAAUAAUUGUUAUGUUAUAUUGAGGCAGUAUUUAUUUUGCAUGUGCUCUAGACACAGGUAUUAUUGUUAUUCCAUUUUGUGAUAUAAAUAAAACAAAUCAUGUUGAA